UUUCUGAAUUGGAGUUUACUUGCAUGCAUAGAGAUCUUUCAUAUAACAACUUCACCAGUGCAAAUUUUGAGCUAUGCCAAGAGACUAAAGGGGCAAUUCCUGCAAACUGUCCAAAAUACGUUUCCUCUGUCAAUAUUAAUUGUGGUGGUGCACAAGUGACAAGUAGUGAACGUAUAUUAUAUAGUGAUGACUUGGAUCUAUCAGGAGCAGCAACAUCUAAGAAAUACAAUGAAAACUGGGCAUUUAGCAAUACCGGUCACUUCUUGGAUAGUAAAGAAGAAAAAACCUAUAUCCAGCAAAGUACCGUUAAACUUUCUAUGACUGCUGAUUCUGAAUUGUAUCAGACCGCGCGUGUAUCCCCCAUUUCCCUGACUUACUAUGGAUUGUGUCUGGAAAAUGGAACCUACACUGUAUCUCUGCAUUUUGCAGAGAUCAUGUUCACUGAUGAUGACACAUAUAGCAGCCUAGGGAGACGUAUAUUUGAUGUUUACAUUCAGGGAAAGCUAGAAUUGAAGGAUUUCAAUAUUGCAAAUGCAGCAGGAGGAGUUGGGAAGAACGUUACAAGAACAAUUUCAACUAGUGUGAGUAAUAACUCUCUGGAAAUUCGGUUUUAUUGGGCUGGAAAAGGAACAACUGCUAUACCAUAUAAAUCAGUAUAUGGUCCUCUUAUAUCAGCUGUAUCUGUCACUCGCGUUGGCAAUGACUCUACAAAUCACACGGACGGUCGUAGCAUUGCUACAGGGGUUGUAAUUGGAAUAGUAUUUUCUGCAAUUGUUCUUGUCAUCCUUAUUGUACUUGGCUUGAGGAUUCAGUUUAGGAAAAGAAAUUCAUUGGCAAAAGAGUUAAAGCAUUUAAAUUUGCAAAUGGGUUUGUUUACCAUGCGUCAAAUCAAAGUUGCAACGAAUAACCUUGAUAUCUCUAAUAAGAUUGGAGAAGGAGGCUUUGGUCCUGUCUACAAGGGUGUUUUAUCAGAUGGCACAAUAAUAGCUGUUAAGAUGCUUUCAUCAAAGUCAAAGCAAGGGAACCGUGAGUUUAUAAAUGAGAUAGGUUUGAUUUCAGCUUUGCAGCACCCUUGUCUUGUUAAACUUUAUGGCUGUUGUGUUGAGGGUGAUCAGUUGUUCCUGGUAUACGAAUACAUGGAAAACAAUAGCCUUGCACAUGCUUUAUUUAAAAACGGAGAAUCUUGUUUGCAAUUGGAUUGGCCAACAAGGUAUAAGAUCUGUGUUGGUAUAGCUAGGGGUUUGGCUUUUCUACAUGAAGAAUCAAGAUUGAAAGUUGUUCAUAGGGACAUUAAGGCUACUAAUGUGUUGUUAGACAAAGACUUGAACCCAAAGAUAUCUGACUUUGGUCUUGCCAAACUUGAUGAUGAGGACAAUACUCACAUAAGCACAAGAAUAGCCGGCACAUAUGGAUAUAUGGCUCCAGAGUAUGCCAUGCAUGGUUAUUUGACUGAUAAAGCAGAUGUGUAUAGUUUUGGAGUUGUUGCCUUGGAAAUUGUAACAGGAAAGAGCAACACCAUCCCUCGACCCAAACAAGAAGCAUUGCAUAAUCUUUUAGAUUGGGCACAAUUAUUGAAAGAGAAAGGUAAUCUGAUGGAGCUAGUUGAUAGAAGGUUAGGAUCAAAUUUCAAUGAAGAUGAGGUAAUGAAGAUGAUCAAAGUGGCUCUCCUGUGCACAAAUGCCACUUCAAACCUCAGGCCUACCAUGUCAUCAGUGCUUAGCAUGCUUGAAGGAAAAACUGUGAUUCCAGAAUUAAUUUCAGAUCAAAGUGAAACUAUGGAUGAUAUGAAGUUAGAGGCUCUGAGACAAUAUUACUCUCAAAUGGAAGAAAAUGAGAAAAGUGAGACACAUACAAAUCAUAGUACAUCGAUUGAUGGGAAAUGGACUGCUUCAUCUUCAUCUGCUGCAGACCUGUACCCAGUCCACAUUGAUUCUUCUUAUUGGGAGAAAAGAUAA